AGCCUUCCCGAAUGUUUGAGAGACGCGCACUUCAUUAGAGGCGCUUUUUUGCGUUCACAUCAAUGAAUCCUAACCCUCGAUCACCGGCUCUGCUGCGGAAUGACCUUAUGGUGGAACUCUGAGAGGCAAAGCUAAAAUGUGCAUGGAUGGAAAAUUUUAGGACACUGAUGCAAUGAUUGAUGGAAUAUUACUCUGCAUCAAAUUUUCCGGCAAUGUAUCAAUAUCGUCAGCUUUUCGUUCAUCCUCAGUGGGUCCAGAGUAUAGUUUGCCGCUUUGGUAGCAAAUCGUGUCUUUCGUAAUCCCAUUCUCCCCGUAAUCGAGCUCUUUAUUUGUCUGUGGGCGGUUUAGUUUUAGGCUUGAUAUGACUGUAUAGUUCAGUAGCCGAAGUUGUGAAAAAAGUACAUGGCUUGGCUCACGUUCACGCUCCACUCUGUCAGACCUGAUAGUUGCUCCGGUCCGAUAUUGCUGGAGGGUCCGGAGCAAGCAAGAGAGCGGGCCUCGGACUAUCGCUUUUAGUGGAGUUUUGCUUCCGGGAACUGUGGUUCACUGCGCGAGCCUGGAUUAUCCCAGAGCGCCGCUUUGAUUUUCUGCGAGCGGGGAGAAAGAUACGAAGGGAGAAUAAUAGAGCCGCCGGAGGUGAAGCAGGAAACGUGGGACAGAAGCGUAUGACUCCACGAUAACGCGAAGAGAACAUCCCCAACAACCAAGUCUCAUAGUCCACGCGCGGCUCCGUAGCGACCUGCACGGGCGGGUAAAGAGAGACGAGAACCGUAAGAAAGCAACAUCAACACCAUGGGCCUCCCACUAAAGACGACAGCCAGCGUCGGAGCCGUUGUGGCUCUCGUCGCGAUUGUAGUGGGCUUCUUCGGUGUACCACCAGAGCCGCAAAUUCCACCAAAAUACCCGAACGUAAGGACUGCUACUAUAUUAUGCUCAGCCUCGUAAAAGUUCAAACUGUUCGUUGUACUAGUCUGAAAAUCACGGCGACUGAGGGAAACUGCAAGCCCAGAUCUUACAACUUCUACCUGAAGUCUUGUUCUGUAGUUGAAACUGAAAUAAGUGAAACUCUUCCGUAUCCCCUGUCAGGUAUUUUUCGUAGAAGCCGGACGUGGCGAAGAUGCUGAUAAGACGGUAAGUCCUUUGAGGUUUGACGGGCAGACUAUGCCUCCAGUAACGAUGAGCCAUCUUUCAGGAGUCUACCAAAAUGCGAUGUUCUUCUGGCAUGACCGACUAGACAAGUACCCAGCCUUCAACGAUCGGAGUUAUCUCCACGUCUUCGAAUGCAUUGCGUACUACUGUUUUGAAGGCGUGUCGUUGGCUAGUCUUUGUUAAGUUAACCUAUACUUAGACGUGAAAUUAGAUACCGGUUUCCCAAACUACAGCACCUUUGAAAAAGUGAAAGAUUGCGAUCUACAUCAAAGUAAAAGCUCAAACGAUGGCAACAUAAUUCAUGCAGUACUGACAUGAAAAAAACCGCCGUCUAGUACAACUACAAACCUCACCUUCACCACACUCAACCACCAUCACAGAUUUUGUCGAGCCCUGAACGAGACAGAAGGUAGCAACGUGUAUCUGAUAUACAAGGAACCGCAGGAAAAGAAGGAUAUGCACAUGUGGUAUGCAGUAGAAAUGACGCCAAUGGAUCCUGAGACGCCUCUGAUAUACGCCAGAACGAAGGGGAGGAAAGAUCUUAGGGUACUAUUAGAGGUUUGCACUAAUUCUUGAUGUUGAGGCUGUUGAAGAAUAUCAUGAUGAUCAUUGCCUUCUAGGACGUACUAUUAUAAAUCUUGUUGUAGUAUUGGAAGUACUAGCAGUUAUUUGAAAGCAGAACUGGAGAAGUUUGAGUUCUGUGUGUGCUCACACUACGACUACGUCAUCCUUUGUGACACACGACUGUUGGAAUUGUAUCGUCGCGCCGGUAGUCGAGGAGAUGAACCACUCGGGGAGGGACUCAAUGAAUCACCCUCGGAAACUACGUCGGCGUCGAAAAAAAUCACCUUCCACCCAACUACAACAGCUCGUGUCCGAAAUCCUCCCAUGGGUGGAUCCCAAUCCCGAAUUCAAGAAGCCGAAGACCUUGCCGAUCGCUAUGUAUUCCAUAUGGGACAUCUUGUGGCCAGGAGUCUUCGAACCCAAUCCGAUCAAGUGGAUCUUGCACAUAAUAUGGAUAGUUGCGGGAGUCAUGUUUUUGAGGAAAUACUGUGAGGAAAACGAGGAUGAUGACUAUGACUAGACGUGGCUCUGAGUUGUAAAAAAGGAAAUCCCUUCUAUGCGUAUCCCGUGCCCACAACUUCUCGCAACAAGCAAGAGUCCGAAUACACUACAUUUUUACACACUUCCAACUCCAAGAGAGCAGAUUCAUCUUUUUCUCACUGUUUUUGCGAAUUGAAUAUUAAGAUUCGAAAAUUGAUGAUUUAGCACAAAAAACCUGAGAAGAUCACGACGACUUUUGCGCAUGGUUUUGCAACCACGGGGAUUGAUGAAUGAUGGUGCCAGAUGAGGAGAAGCAUUCAAGUUCUCCUUCUGGUUGAAAGAAAAGCUGCGUCAUGCAUCUAGUGGGGUUCAUCCGCGACGGAAACUUGUUCUACGCUAGUACUAGCAUGCUCAAGAGCAUUAAAUCAAUGACGCGAAAAAAUGGUACGUCCGACAGAGACUAUCACGCUCGCUGACCACAAAAUAGUACGGCAUACUAUUGCGAAUUACUUACUAGUAGCAUGGAAG